UAGUUCUCUGUGAAAGAUGUCUGCUGAUUAUUCUUAAAAAUAAUGUAAAUCGCUCUUAACUUCAUGUCGGGACGGGUAUCGAAAUAUUGGAGAUGCUUACAGCGCUUUAUUUAUAACAUACAGUUGGCCGGGAUCACCAGAACCUAGGGAACCGGCUAGUAUUUGGGAACGUCCUACAUACAAUCAAGCCACAACUCCCGAUGUACUUGCAAAAGCAGAAUCCAUCCAAAAGACUUUUCUAAAAAAAAAUGUUUUACAAGACUAGAAAAUAGUGUUGCAUUUGUUGUGUCAAACCGUGUAUCCUACGGGAAAGAAAUGAUUUUGUACAGUAAGACAAUUUUUGAAUCAAAAAUCUUUACUUGGCCACUUGAACUACGAUUUACUUAUAACAUAAUAUAGAGGCCUACAAUAAAUGAAACUUAUAAGUCAAUAUUCUAAUAAUAUUAAUUACAAUGAAGUUACGUUGACUUACAUUAUAUUGGAGGUAAAAUAGACAAGAAAAAUUGCUUACUAUUCAUACGUAGUAUUUAUGUAAAAUAAUAAUUAUUCUUCCAACAGUUGACACAAUUCAGGGAGGAAGGGUGGUUUUUAACCCUACCUAUUAAAGAUUUUUUUUUUUUUUAAGAAUUUGAAUAAAAUAUUUACUAAUAAGUAAGUUAUUGUUGAUGACAAUUCCGAUUUAGUUCUUUAUAUGUAUCGUCCUAGUAUAGGUACGUAAUAUAAGUGAUUCUGGUUUUGGUAAUAUUCUGUUAGUGGAAGAGGAUGUUAUGUGUUAAUGUUGGCAGCAUUGUUAUUUUUUUAACGACUUCCGUUGUUGUUGUUGUGCAGGCUGCUGAUACACUUUGUUUAAAAUGUAGACUGUGAAGUCAAUCCAAUAAAACCAUUUAUAUAGUAACAGAAGUGAACGCAUAUUACUGUGUUAACUCUAAUAGGUUAUGGGCCCAGAGCCAGUAGGCAACUUCUGUUCAAGAGAUAUAGUUGGUUUUAUGGAGAAUAUGCAGUUUUUGGUUAAGGGCUUCAUGUGACUCGUGUGUAUGGUUAUUAUCAGUGUAUGGUCUUUGGUGAAACAUGUCGUAUUCAAGUAUGGCGAAUGCGGCAAACGUACCAUUUGGGAUUAGACCAUUUGAUGGUGUAAACUUUAGUAACUGGUUCUAUCGGAUGAAGUUACUGUUGGAACAGAAUGGAGUAUUACACAUGUUGACAACCGAACCUCCGACGGUAGAAGCUGAUCUUAAACGAUUUAAGCAAGAAGACGUCAAAGCUAGAAAUCUUCUCGUCCAAGGAUUGGCAGACAACAUGUUGCCGAUGAUUAUGAAUAAAAUCACGGCAAAAGAAAUUGUGGACACCCUAGCAACUACAUAUGAAAAACGUGGGAUGAAAUCCAUGGUGACUGCACAGAAAGCUUGGCGGAAACUGGAAUACAAGAAAGAAAAGCCUCUUCAAGAAUUUUUACAGCAAUUCGAGUCUAUGGCCUCGGAAGUCAAGGUGGCUGGUGGAAAGAUUGAGGAAGAUGAAAUGGUUAAUCAAUUGUUGGUGGCAAUGCCCUCAGAUUUUGAUAGUGUUGUAUCUGCCAUGGAUAUAUUGUAUAAUAAAGAUAAGUCGGCUGUGAAAUUUGAGUAUGUGAAAAAUACUCUAUUAGCAGAAGAAGAGAGACUUCUGAAGAAAGAUGAAAGCCCACAAAACGUUUUUGCAGCAUACAAGGGAUUAAGAGGACAAUCUCAUCAGUAUUCACAGCAUAAGCAUAACAAAGGUAAUUAUGUUCCAGGUAGAAGUUUUAAUGGAAAGUGUUAUUAUUGCAAAGUACAGGGACACAUGAAAUUUAAUUGUCCAAAAUUGAAGAAUAAGGAUACUGCUGCAACUACAAAUGAGGUGGAAUUUUCUUUUUUGACAUCGUUCGAUACAGAAAGUUCGUCAUGCGGGCAUGUGGACAGUGAACAGCCUGCAAUGAAUGAUGGUGAACUAACAGAAGUUAUUUUUGUUAUUGAUAGUGGUGCAAGUUGCCAUAUCAUUAAAAGUUGCUAUCAAAAAUAUCUAAGUGAUAGAACUGAUGUGAACUUCGACAUUAAUGUGGCUAAGGCAGGUGAGUCAUUGAAAGCUGUAAGCAAAGGAAAUAUUUCUUGUAUGUCUGAAGGAGGUGAAAACAUAAAGAUUAGGGAUGUUUUAGUGUGUGAGAACUUGGCAUUUAACUUACUUUCAGUCCGUAAGUUAGAAGAGAAAGGAUGUAAAGUAAGUUUUGAAAACUCUUGUGUUAAAAUUGUGUGUGGUCGUAAGGUUAUGUUGGGACAAGUGUUUGGAAGAUUGUAUGUAGUUAAGAUGCAUCUCAUACCAGAGCAUGCUAAUGCAGCCAUGGUGAAAGCUGUGUCAAGCAAUGUGAUGCAUAGAAGAAUGGGACAUUCUUCCAAGUAUCCCACUGAGUUAUGUGAUGUGUGCUUGAAAGGUAAACAAACUAAGCUACCCUAUCUGAAGGCUAUACCAGAAGAACGCAAAGCAAAGAGAGUACUUCAAUGUGUGUCUUCUGAUGUGUGUGGAAAAAUAUCCCCACCAACAUAUGAUGGGUUUAACUAUUUUGUGACUUUUAUUGAUCACUAUAGUCAUUUCUGUGUCACAUAUUUGCUGAGAAAUAAAUCAGAAGUCUUUGAAAAAUUUAAGAUGUACACAGCUAUGGUUGAGGCUAAGUUUAAUUCUCGCAUAGAGAAUUUAAGGUGUGACAGAGGUGGUGAAUACGUGUCUUCCAAUUUUAAGAGCUUUUGUGAAAAGAAAGGAAUCAGUGUUAGUUAUUCUAUGGCCAGAAAUCCAUCUCAAAACGGAAUGGCAGAAAGAAUCAACAGAACGCUUUUGGAGAAAACUAGGUGUCUCCUGCUAGAUAGUAACUUUGGCAAGGAGAUGUGGGGAGAAGCUAUUAUGACCGCCACCUACCUCACAAAUAGACUGGCUACAUCAGCACUGCCGAAUGGAAUUGUCCCAGCUGAAAGAUGGUAUAACCAUAAGCCUGAUCUGUCAAAGAUAAAAGUUUUUGGAUGUCCUGCAUAUUCAUUCAUUCAUAAAGAAGAUAGAGAUGGAGGAAAACUCAGUGACAGAUCUAAAAGGUUAUUUCUUACCGGGUAUUGUGACAAUGGUUACAGACUGUGGAAUCCUGAAAAGAAAAAUGUUGAAUUUGCAAGAAAUGUGAUCUUUGAUGAGCUUGGGUAUACUGAAAGCCCAUCCUCAGGUAGUAUUACACAUACUGCAACAUCAGAAGGUGUUACUUCAAACAUUCCAAAUGAAACACAGGAUGUAUGUCCUCAGUUUGCACGAGAUGACACACAAAUGUAUGAAAACAAUCAGUCUGAUGAUGAUGGUGAUGGUGACUUCAUUGGUUUUCAUCCUGAGGGUGUGUACGAUGAAUCAACUGGAAUCAGAUCUUCUAGGCACAAAAAACUACCAAAGUACUUGGAAGAUUUUGAGCUCAACUUUGCUGUCGAUGUUCUGGCAUUAUCAGUAUCUUCAGAUGUGCCUAACAGUUUCAAAGAUGCAGUUAAAGAUGCUGGUUGGAGGCAAGCACUAAAUGAGGAGCUGUCAUCUUUAGAAAGUAAUGAAACUUGGGAAGUGGUUGAAGCACCCAUGGAUGCAUCUGUUAUUGACAGUAGAUGGAUCUUCUCUUCUAAAAGUGUGGAUGGAACUACGAAGAAGAAAGCCAGACUUGUUGCUCGUGGGUAUCAACAGCCAACAUUGGAAAAUGAAGAUAUAUUUUCUCCAGUUGCCCGGAUGACAACGCUACGAGUUCUGCUUUCAGUUGCAGUUGAGCGAGGUCUUCAGCUACACCAGCUCGAUGUACGAUCAGCUUUUUUGAAGAGCAAAUUACCAGUGCCUGUGUAUAUGAAACCACCGGAUGGUGUACAGUGCAGUGACGAUAAACUUCUUAAGUUGAACAAAGCCUUAUAUGGGCUUAGGCAAAGUCCUAAAGCAUGGAAUGACUAUGUAAAUAGUGAAUUGAUCAACCUGGGUUUUAUGCGAUCAAAAAUUGAUCCUUGUUUGUACCAUAGGGGUACUUUUUAUAUCUUAGUGUGGGUUGAUGAUUUUCUGUUAGUAUCAAAUUCUGGUGCAGAUCUCGAAGACACUAAGUCUGCUCUUAAGUCUAAGAUGGGCAUGAGAGAUUUGAGUUCGAAUGAAAAGUUGCAUUUUUUGGGCAUGGACAUCCUCAAAGGUGAGGAUGGAAGCUUAAUUCUCAGUCAAAGUGAUUUGAUUAGGAGAGUUCUUGAAAAAUUUAACAUGAUAGAAUGUAAACCUAGUAAAGUUCCAAUUCAGCCCAAACUUAACUUGUCAUGUGAUGGAGAGUGUAAGAUUAAGGUGCCUUAUAAAGAGCUGUUAGGCAGCCUAAUGUAUCUUACAGUCUGCACAAGGCCUGAUUUAUGUUUCAGUGUAUCAUACUUUGGUAGAUUCCAAAAAUGUUACUCUUACAACCAUUGGAGACAUCUGAAACAUGUUUUGAAGUAUCUUAAAUAUACAGUUAACAUAGGUUUGAAGUUAGCAAAGUCAUAUUGUAACACAUUAACUAUAUCCUCAUAUGUUGAUGCUGACUAUGCUUCUGACACAAAUGAUAGGAAAAGUAUUUCAGGUUUUGUAACAAAACUGAAUAACAAUGUUAUCUGCUGGGGUUCAAAAAACAAGGUGUGGUAGCACUUAGUAGCAGUGAGUCAGAGUACUAUGCUAUAGGUAGAUGUUUAACAGAAGACAUUUUCGUACACAAUUUGCUGAAAGAAGUAGUAGAUGUGGCUGAUGUAAUUAAUGUUCAUGAGGAUAAUCAAUCAACCAUUAAGAUUGCUAAGUCAUUAGAGACCAAAAGGUCUAAGCACUUUGAUGUACAGUAUCAUUUUGUCAAAGAUCUGGUAGGGAAAGGAAAGGUGAAAUUAAUCUAUGUAGAGUCUGCUGAACAGAUAGCAGAUAUCAUGACCAAGGGACUGCCUGCUUGUAAAUUUGAAUAUUUUGUUGAGAAGUUAAAUCUUGUUAGAAUGUAAUGUGGAAUUGGGAGGGAGUGUUGAUGACAAUUCCGAUUUAGUUCUUUAUAUGUAUCGUCCUAGUAUAGGUACGUAAUAUAAGUGAUUCUGGUUUUGGUAAUAUUCUGUUAGUGGAAGAGGAUGUUAUGUGUUAAUGUUGGCAGCAUUGUUAUUUUUUUAACGACUUCCGUUGUUGUUGUUGUGCAGGCUGCUGAUACACUUUGUUUAAAAUGUAGACUGUGAAGUCAAUCCAAUAAAACCAUUUAUAUAGUAACAGAAGUGAACGCAUAUUACUGUGUUAACUCUAAUAGUUAUGUCACAUUAACUACAAAAAACCCAAAAGACAAAAAAAACAAA